AUGGCCUCAUUGGAUCCUUUUACCCAGAACGUCACCUUCCAUACUGGCGAUGGGACUGCGUUCGAGGUGAACGUGCAGGACAUUGACACCUUCUUGCAGUACUGCAUCCAGAUCUGCACCAACUAUGGCGCCCAGCUUGGAGCUUCCAUCGUGCUCUUCGUCAUCCUCCUGCUCCUGACUAGACCCGAGAAGCGCAGCUCCAGUGUCUUCAUCCUCAAUUGCGCCGCCCUUCUCUCCAACGUCGGCCGUCUCUUCUGUCAAAUCGUGUAUUUCACUACCGACUUCGUGCGAGUGUAUGCCUACUUCUCCGGAGACUUCUUCCAAGUGCCAACCUCCGCAUACGCCAACUCCGUCAUCGCAGUGAUAUUCUACACCAUCCUCGUGAUAUGCAUUGAGGCUUCGCUCGUCCUGCAGGUCCAGGUCAUCUGCGCGAACCUCGGUCGUGUAUACCGACAGGUCCUCCUCUCACUAUCCAUCGCGAUUGCACUGAUCCCAGUCGGAUUCCGUAUGGGCAUGAUGGUUGAGAACGCCAUAACAAUCAUGGCAGCCGAAAGUAGCAUCCAUCUCGUCUGGCUUCAAAGUGCAGAGAACAUCACCGCCACAAUCAGCAUCUGCUUUUUCUGCGCCAUCUUCGUUGGCAAGCUCGGAUUCGCUAUUCGUCAGCGACGCAGACUCGGUGUGCGGGACUUUGGCCCGAUGAAGGUCAUCUUCGUUAUGGGCUGCCAGACUCUGGUUAUUCCAGCCAUCUUCUCAAUCAUCCACUACGUCGCCGCCGUCCCAGCCCUAUCCUCCAACGUCGUCACUCUAGUGACCAUCUCCCUCCCUCUCUCCUCCAUCUGGGCCGGCGUCACCUUGACCAAAGCCUCUACUAGCGCUAGCUCUAGCCCUGCCACCGGCUCCGGAUCUGGUUCGUCGGGCCGCAAUCUCUGGAACGUGCUCUCCUUUCCGGUCUUGGACAGUAGAAACACUACCAGUACAACCACUUCCUCAAUGCCAACUAUGAAUCCAGUUUCAACCUGCUACGCCGAUAAUGGUUCCUCCAAGCAGCUCAAGCAGCAGACUAAUACCGAGGAAAUCGGCAUCACAGUUGAACAUGAGAUCUCGGUGCAGAGCUUCAAGAGGGAAAAGGAUAUGGUUUGAACUGAUUCAUGACUACCCCUGCUCCUUUGGUGUGAUUCGAAGGGAAUCGUUCGUAUUACUUUGGGGCUGUGAAAUCUGGACAUGGUGGUUAUGGUCAAGUUGUUAUCUCAGGACAGCUCAUUUCAAUUAUGAUUUUCUUUUGUGACUGACUUCUGGAUUGCUGCGAUGUACCGCGUAUCAGUGACUUUUAUUUCGUUUGUUUAAUGCUUAUUAUCGUGUUCACUGGCAUGAUAUUUAAUUUUCUUGCGGCGGCCGAUUGACUGGCAUUUAAUGGAAUUAAUAUUUGCUCGUUACAUGGAACAAGUUCACUUUCGAU